AUGAAAUGAACUUUGUACUUGUAAAUAUCACUGAAUACGUUUUGCACCGGAUUUUAAAAGGUUCUCUUAUAAGUACUAUUUUUAACAGGGAAAAAAACAACAAAGACCUUUUCCUGUAUGAUCUCCUGCAUUGAGUUGAAACAUCUCUUACAAUAUACUUGAACCAAUAUACUAGGCUUUUUUUUUCUUAAAGUCUUUUUUACUGGCAUUGGAAAAUUUAAGUAUUUACUUGAACUAAAUACUUCAGAACAGAGUGUCUGAAAACUUGAAGGGCAGAGGAAAGAGAAGGAAGGAGCUUGCAGCAGAGCAUGGAUAGGAAAGGAGCAGUGAUUCUGCGGUGCACAGUGUGCACAUGUUUUGUGAGAAUCAGUGCCGGGCGCUGCAGCUGCGGACAAUAACUGAGCUGUCUGGCUAAUGAAGGCCACCUGGAUCAGGCUUCUGAAAAGAGCCAAAGGAGGACGGCUGAAGAAUUCUGAUAUCUGUGGUUCAGCGGACUCCUACACUAGCCGUCCAUCUGAUUCAGAUGUAUCUCUGGAGGAAGACAGGGAGGCAGUGCGGAGAGAGGCAGAGCGACAGGCCCAGGCACAGCUGGAAAAAGCAAAGACCAAACCUGUUGCAUUUGCAGUCCGGACCAAUGUUGGCUAUAGUGCAGGACAUGAUGACGACGUCCCAGUUCCAGGCAUGGCCAUUUCAUUUGAAGCAAAAGAUUUUCUUCAUGUUAAAGAAAAGUUUAACAAUGACUGGUGGAUAGGACGGUUGGUAAAAGAAGGCUGUGAAAUAGGAUUCAUACCAAGUCCAGUCAAAUUAGAAAACAUGAGGAUACAGCAUGAACAAAGGGUAAAGCAAGGAAAAUUCUACUCCAGUAAAUCAGGAGGAAAUUCAUCAUCCAGUUUGGGUGACAUAGUCCCUAGUUCCAGAAAAUCAACACCUCCGUCAUCUGCUAUAGACAUAGAUGCCACUGGCUUAGAUGCAGAAGAAAAUGAUAUUCCAGCAAACCAUCGCUCCCCCAAACCCAGUGCAAACAGUGUAACAUCACCCCACUCCAAAGAGAAAAGAAUGCCCUUCUUUAAGAAGACAGAGCACAUCCCUCCCUAUGAUGUAGUGCCUUCUAUGCGACCAGUCGUUUUAGUGGGGCCUUCCUUGAAGGGAUAUGAGGUGACAGAUAUGAUGCAAAAAGCAUUAUUUGAUUUUUUAAAACACAGAUUUGAAGGGCGUAUAUCAAUCACACGGGUCACAGCAGACAUCUCGCUUGCCAAACGCUCAGUAUUAAAUAAUCCUAGUAAGCAUGCGAUAAUAGAACGGUCCAACACAAGAUCAAGCUUAGCUGAAGUUCAGAGUGAAAUUGAACGGAUAUUUGAAUUAGCAAGGACAUUGCAGCUGGUAGUACUUGAUGCCGAUACCAUUAAUCAUCCAGCUCAACUAAGUAAAACCUCCCUGGCUCCCAUUAUAGUAUAUGUGAAGAUUUCUUCUCCCAAGGUUUUACAGAGGCUAAUAAAAUCUCGAGGGAAAUCUCAGGCUAAACACCUUAAUGUUCAAAUGGUGGCAGCUGAUAAACUGGCUCAAUGUCCUCCAGAAAUGUUUGAUGUAAUUCUGGAUGAGAACCAGCUUGAAGAUGCCUGUGAGCACCUGGCUGACUAUCUGGAAGCCUACUGGAAGGCCACCCACCCUCCUUGCAGCAAUCCUCCCAACCAGCUUCUCACUCGCACACUUGCAACAGCCACUCUUCCUAUCAGCCCAGGUCCAAACAUAAAUUUACAGGGCUCUCAAGGAAAUCAGAGGAAUGACCAUUCAGCCCCAGAACGAACUGGCUCACAGGUUGAAGAGGAAGCACGGAUUGAACCCAUGAAGAAAUUUCCACAUCGUUCAUCUUCCUCAGCACACCACCAUAACCAUCGCAGUGGUGUUAGCCGAGGCCUGUCUAGGCAAGAAACGUUUGACUCAGAAACCCAAGACAGCAGAGAUUCAGCUUACAUAGAACCAAAGGAAGAGUACUCACAUGAGCAUGGUGACCACAAUGAUUCUCACAGGGAUCACAGUCAUAGAGACGAGUCACAUGGGAGCAGUGAUCACAGACAUAGGGAAUCAAGGCAUCGCUCAAAGGAAAGGGACCGAGAGCAGGACCACAACGAAUGCAACAAACAACGCAGCCGUCAUAAAUCAAGGGACCAAUAUUGUGACAAGGAUGGGGAAAUGAUGUCUAGAAAACGCAAUGACACAGGAGACUGGAACAGGGAUGUAUACAUCCGCUAGUAACUUUGGCCUCUGGCAGUUUUGUGUUUCUUUGAAGUCUUGUAUAACAACGCCCCUUGAAAAUAUCUUUGGGUUCUUCAUUGCAGAACAUAUGGUAUCCUUCUGUAUGCUGAUUUGUAUUGCUGUUGCUUGCAUAGCAAUAGCAUGGAAUAGAAUAUUCAUACACUUAUUUUUUUGAUUAGUGCUCUAUAAAUUGGCAUAGUACAACUGCAGAACUCCUCGUGUUGUACUCGGCUUUUUUCAAGCUGUUUUUGGUAGCAGCCACUUGAACAAUAUCUAUUGCCAUCAAGGUGGUGUUAGUGUUUUAAAACAAGGUACAGUUGAUGUUUAAUAACCUCCCGUGUAUUCAGCAAGCCAGAAUCAGCACAUGCAAAACUGAAACUCAUGUUUUGAUUUUUAAUUUGUAUGCAUUUGAUUUGCAUAUUGAUUUAAGAGCCACUAUCUGUUGCUUGUACCUCUAGUGGACUCCAUUUGGGGACAGAAGUCAGUCUUGCCUUACACACAGGGAAUCAUAAAGUCAAACUCUAUUUUCUAUGUACUGGUACUGUGUACUGUAUAUACAGUUUAUAAAUGUUAUUUCUGCAGACACCUUCUUACUGUAUAAGUUUGACCACACUGUUUUAGAGUCCUAAUGCCAAGUCAGCAGAUUUGCUUUUUGAAUUACUGGCAACUGUAACUAGCCUCAUUCAGGAAAUUUGUAAGUGUUCAAUCUAGACAUUUUUUUCUCCUGUAGCUGAAAGCUUGUUCUACUGUAAAUAUGAAUGUGUGAACACUUGAGAUAAAAGGUUUGAUUCCUAUAUUUUAUGCUCCUUGCAAACUUAUAAAUUUGCAUUUUAAAUUGAUAACUAACCUAGCACUAUAAAUUGUUCUACACACUUCACACAAAUUGUAAUGGACACACUCUAUUUUAUGUCUUAAUGUCAGAAUGGUGGAGCAUACAUCAUAAGGAGAGGGGGUGCAGAUCUAGUGAAGGAAAUAAGCGAUUACUCAAAAUUCCAACCAGUCAGUUUCUUUAUUCUAUCUGUUAUUUUCAGAAUCUGAAUUGCAGUCAGGGAACAUGAGGCAGUUUACUGCUACAUGUAAUUGGGAAAGCAUAAAUCUGCUGGCUGUUUGUUGAGACUCCAGGAGAGUAAAAACACGGGCAAAUGUUACUGUAAGUGUUUCACUGGAAAUGUAAAAUCUUUGUGUUUUAGAGUAUUUGUUUUAGUAAGAAAAGUUUACACAGCUUGUGGAGAGUUAUUUUGUUGGAAAAUAAAUUUUUUUGUAGCUUCUCCACUUUUUUCUCCUCUUGCCACUUACUCCAUAGUCCUACUUUGCAGCCAGGUCUGUGCUCGUCCUUCAACUAAAAGCUUGUCUGCCAGUAAGAGCCAAGAAAAAGGACUGUUAUAACCAAAGGUUCCAUCUGUUCUGAACUCACUAGAGAAACGUGUUGAAAUCAAAUGGAUUGGCAACUCACUAUGUUGUGCACCGAGUACCUGUUUUACUGUUAAGUGGGACACAAUGUAUUACUUUUUGGCUUCAGAUCCCAUGCCCCUUCCUAGAUUAAAUUCUGUUCUGUGUCACAGGUAAUGAUUUUAGUAGUUUUAAGAAUCAAACACUCCCUGUGCUUGUAAGUAGCACAGAUUAUAUAAAGAAUACAGAAUACAAUUGGGGUCGUACUCAUUUAUAACUGUGCAUGUUUUAAUAGUUUAUAUAUUUUCUUACAAAAAAGUGAAUAUUUGAAUUGCCUGCCUAAGUAUUUUAUAUCAUUAUAGUGAAAUGUGUAAGAAAUACAUGAGAUUCUUUUUAAAAAAAUUCCAUUCCUAUA